GCGGCGGGAGGCUACGCUGAAGACAGUGGAGUUGUUGGCGGGAUUGUGGGCUGGGGUGCGAGUGCCAGGGCAGUGAUCCCCUCGCCCCAGGCUGGUCCCCGUGCAGUGGCAGCAGGGGGAGGUUGCGUGCCCGCUCCGGAGGGAUCCCACUCGGCCAUGGCCACUCGGGUGCUGCCCAUGAGCGCCCGCCUGGGUCCCAUGCAGCAGCCCGACGAGCCGGUGUUCGCUCAGCUCAAGCCCGUGCUGGGCGCCCGGGAGGCGGCGAUGUUCACGGGGGAGGAUCUGAAGCAGCAACAGCCGGGCGGCGGGGCCAGGAUCCCGGCGGAGGAGAUGGUGCAGACAAGAUGUGAAAUGGAGAAAUAUCUGGCACCUCAGCUUCCACCAGUUCCUGUCAUCCCUGAACAUAAAAAAUACAGAAGAGACAGUGCCUCAGUUGUAGACCAGUUCUUCACUGACAGUGAAGGGUUGCCUUAUAGUAUCAACAUGAAUGUCUUCUUUCCUGACAUUACUCAUCUGAGAACUGGCCUAUACAAAUCCCAGAGACCAUGUGUAACCCACAUCAAGACAGAACCAGUUACCAUCUUCAGUCAUCAGAGUGAAACUACUGCCCCUACCCCCACCCCCACUCAGGCUCUCCCAGAGUUUACCAGCAUCUUCAGCUCUCACCAAACUCCCGACGUGAACAACAUUUUCAUCAAGCAGGAGCUUCCUACUCCAGAUAUUCAUCUUUCUCUCACACCCCAGCAGGGCCAGUUAUAUCAGCUCUUGAGUUCACCGGAUUUAGAUAUGCCCAAUUCUACUACUCAGGCGGCAGUAAUGGACUCUCUUAACAAUGUUUCCAUGUCAUCAGCCAUGGCAGGCCUUAACACUCUCUCCUCGGCUAUUCCACAGACUACAAUGAAACAAUUCCAGGGUAUCCCCCAAUGCACAUACACAAUGCCAAAUCAGUUUCUUCAGCCACAGGCCACUUACUUCCCUCCUUCACCCCCAAGUUCAGAGCCUGGAAGUCCCGAUAGACAAGCAGAAAUGCUACAAAAUUUAACCCCUCCUCCAUCCUAUGCUGCGACUAUAGCUUCCAAGCUGGCAAUCCAAAAUCCAAAUUUACCGGUGGCCAUGCCAAUAAAUUCACAGAACAUCCAGACAGUCAGAUACAAUAGAAGGAGUAACCCAGACCUGGAGAAGAGACGUAUCCACUACUGUGAUUAUCCUGGCUGCACAAAAGUUUAUACAAAGUCUUCCCACUUAAAAGCUCACCUGAGAACUCAUACUGGGGAGAAGCCGUACAAAUGCACAUGGGAUGGCUGCGACUGGAGAUUUGCUCGCUCCGAUGAGUUAACACGCCACUACAGGAAGCACACAGGGGCCAAACCUUUCCAGUGCGCUGUGUGCAAUCGUAGCUUCUCUCGCUCUGACCACCUGGCUCUGCACAUGAAGAGACAUCAGAACUAAAUGCUGGGUUCGACAUGGAGGCUGUCUGUAUCUAUGCAAUUUCCAAAUGACUCUCAACAUGUGGUUAGAAUUAGUUUUAAUUUUUAAA